UUUCUCAGAUUGCUGUCAUUUUUGCCGGACGUAGAGCCAAAACUAUUAAUUAAACAAUCUAAUGUUUAUUCCAAUUAAGUAACCGAUAUCAACUUUUGUGCAGAUAAGAUGUAAAUUAUUUGUCUGUACGCUUUUAUCAAACCACCAAAGAAAUCCUCUUUAACAGCGGUGAUUUGAUAAGUGAGGUUAAAAUGACUCUGCGGGCGAUUAAAUAUGAUAAUAAUUCGCUAGAGAUCUUAGACCAGCUACUUUUACCAGCACAAACUAAGUAUAUCCAAGUUAAAGGUGUCGAGGAUGGUUGGAAAGUUAUAAAUAAAAUGCAGGUAAGAGGAGCACCUGCCAUAGCUAUAGUAGGAUGUUUAAGUUUAGCAGUUGAAUUGCACAGUGAAAAAUAUGAUUCCAAGAAGCAGAUGAGGCAAGAGAUCGAAGGGAAACUGAACUAUUUAGUGUCUUCCAGACCAACUGCUGUUAACAUGAAAAUUGCUGCUGAAGAUCUGAUAGAUUUGGCCAACCAAUUGUGCAACGAUGAAAAAGUUGAUGUUCAAGAGAUGAAAGCAAAGUUCACAAAGACUAUUGAGGAUAUGUUAGCGAAGGACAUAGCUGACAAUACAGCUAUAGGUGAUUAUGGUGCCAAAGAUAUUCUGUCUAGAGUUAGUGGAGAUAACCUCGUACGGAUUUUGACUCACUGCAAUACGGGGUCUUUAGCUACAGCUGGUUAUGGUACCGCCCUAGGGGUUGUUCGGACCUUGCACAGCAUGAAAAGACUAGAACACGUAUAUUGUACUGAAACAAGACCCUACAACCAAGGUGCAAGACUGACUGCUUACGAACUAGUUCACGAUAAAAUUCCAGCCACCCUCAUAGUUGAUAGUAUGGUAGCAGCUGUUAUGAAAUUCAGACACAUUAGCGCGGUCGUGGUUGGUGCCGAUAGGGUAGCUGCAAAUGGAGACACUGCCAAUAAAAUAGGAACCUAUCAAAUUGCCGUUCUUGCCAAGUACCACGGCGUGCCUUUCUACGUAGCAGCACCUUUUACGUCCAUCGACGUGUCUAUACCCAGCGGAGAUCACAUCGUCAUCGAGGAGAGACCCGAUAGAGAAAUGACGCACGUCGGAGAACACAGAAUAGCAGCGAAAGGUAUUUCAUGCUGGAAUCCCGCUUUUGAUGUCACACCCGCAGCCUUGAUCGAAGGAAUCAUUACCGAGAAGGGAGUAUUCAAACCUGAACAACUCAAGGAACAAUGUACUCAAAAUAAUCAUUAAAUAACGGAUUGCGAGACUUAUUUCAAAAAUGGACAAUAUUAACGGAAAAUUCGUUUUGUAGUAAUGUAUUUCUGAAAAUUGCCGAGCAAGUGACACAAAAUAUAAGUUAUAUGUAAGAAU